GGCGGCGCGAGCUGGUCAGCGCCCAUGGCGGGGUCCUGGAAGCUGGUGGGCGCGUCCCUUCGGCGGCACAGGUUCCACACUGUCGGGAGUCACUGCAAGGCUCGUACCGGCGCUGAGCACCUGUGGCUGACACGGCAGUUGAAGGACCCGUUUGUGAAGGCUGCGAAGGUGGAGAGUUAUCGGUGUCGAAGCGCCUUCAAGCUUCUGGAGAUGGAUGCCAGGCACCGGAUCCUGCGGCCCGGCCUCCGGGUGUUAGACUGCGGGGCGGCCCCUGGGGCGUGGAGCCAGGUGGCUGUGCAGAGGGUCAACGCCGCAGGCGCAGAUCCCGGCAGUCCUGCUGGCUUUGUGCUGGGGGUAGAUCUUCUCCACAUAUCAGCCCUGGAGGGAGCAACUUUUCUGUGCCCUGCUGAUGUGACUGACCCAAAAACCUUCCAGAGGAUCCAAGAACUGCUUCCUGGUGGGAGAGCAGAUGUAAUUCUGAGUGACAUGGCACCCAACGCCACAGGGAUCCGGGGCCUGGACCACGACAGGCUCAUUGGCUUGUGCUUGUCCCUUCUGGACAUGGCUGCAGACAUCCUGCACCCUGGGGGGGCCUUCCUGUGUAAGACCUGGGCUGGAAGUCAAAGCCAUCGGCUGCAGAAGAGACUGACAGAGGAGUUCCAGCGCACGAGGACCCUGAAGCCUGAAGCCAGCAGGAAGGACUCCGCGGAGGUGUACCUCCUGGCCACGCAGUAUCGCGGGGUACAGGGCGCCCGCAAGGGCUGAGCUCCCUGCGGCCCUCGCUGGUCCUUUUCAUUGCAAGUGCUCACAGGACAAGUGGGGGACUUUUUUUUGUUUUUUUUUUUAAUUAAAAAGAGGACAAAACUAUUCAGUGAUUGUGAUGAAAAACGGCCCAUCACAUGAUUUGUGAAGAGGGAGUUUCGGGAGAGAGAGAGACAAGAUGAAAAGAUGGGAGGAAAAGACAAAAAUGUACUGAGGCGGAGCUGGCAAGGCUGGCUGGCCUCCCUGCCUGCGCUCAUCUCGCAGACGUAGCCAGUUACAGAGCAGCGGGUGCCUCCGUUGCUCCAGGGGCCACGCGGGUUUCUGGUUGUAAUUUUGGCCAUGCCCUGCAAUGUAGAAAAAUUCGAGAUUACAGGCUGGGAAUUAAUUCCCAUCCGUCUGGCGAAUGAUUGGGAAAGACACCCGUUCCUCCAGCAGAGAGAAUGCCCGGUGCAGUUAGGGAGGAGGUUUGGUAGAGUUUAUGCCCAGGGUGGGUGUGCCAGGGUUUUGCCGGAAGUCCUCGCAGCCGGGACGCCCGGGCUGCCUAGACCAUAAAGGAAGUUGCC